AUGGCCCCCAUCUCCGUCAAAAUCAAGCAUGCUGGAAAAAUCCACGACGUGCAGCUAGACCCCGACCAGCCCCCGGUCCUCUUCAAGGAUGCGGUUUAUCAGCUUACCGGGGUCCCACCAGAACGGAUGAAGGUCAUGAUUAAGGGUGGGACGCUCAAGGAUGACAUCGACUGGCGGAAAGUGGCUCCCAAAGCGGGCCAGACUUUCAUGGUCAUCGGCGCGGCGGGGGAGCUCCCUAGGCCUCCGUCGACCCCCAUCCAGUUUCUCGAAGACAUGGACGAGAGCGAGGUCGCGCAAGCGCUCGCCCUUCCUGUCGGGCUCGUCAACCUCGGCAACACAUGCUACAUGAAUGCCACACUGCAAGCGAUGCGCGCCAUCCCCGAACUGCAGACCGCACUCGACCGAUCGUCACCCGGCGGGAUCUCGUCCUCGCUCAAGAUGCUCUACAGCAGCAUGGCGAAAACCACGGACAGUAUCGCGCCCAACGCCUUUCUCGCCGCCCUCCGCCAUGCGUUCCCGCAGUUCGCGGAGCAGAGCCAGUCGAGUGCCGCGAAGAUGCUCGGCCGUGUUGCAUAUGCGCAGCAGGACGCGGAAGAGUGCUGGACGCAAAUGGCUACAGCGCUCAAGGACGUGCAGGGUCUCCCGGGACCGUCCUCUGGGUCUGCGAACGCGAAGUUCAUCGAGCAGUACAUGACCGGGGAGGUUAAGCGAAUUCUGAAGUGCGAGGAGACACCGGAAGAGCCCGAGUCCAUUGCGUACGAGAAGGUGCUCAAGAUCGCAUGCAAUAUCUCGAAUGCAGUCAACUACAUGCAGCAGGGCAUCAUGGAGGCGCUCGACGGUAAGAUCGAGAAGCAGUCCGCGACGCUUGGGCGCGAGGCCGUGUACAGUUCGACGCAGCGGUUAACACGCCUCCCGACGUACCUCACCGUGCACAUGGUUCGCUUCGCGUGGAAGCGGGACAUCCAGAAGAAAGCGAAGAUCAUGCGGAGAGUGAAGUUCCCGACGGAGUAUGACGCCCUCGACAUCGCGACGGACGAGCUCAAGGCAAAGCUCCUACCCGUGAGCCGGAGGCUGAAGGAGAUCGAGAAGGAGCGCGGGGAGCGCGGCAAGGUCCGCAAGCGCACCAAGGCCGCUCAGCCCACGAAGGACAAAGAGGGCGACGUUCAGAUGGCGGAUGCGGACGCGCCUGCGGCCUCCUCUUCGGCAGAACCUGCGACUACUACGACCGCAGACGGUACAACGGCCGAGACGGACAAAGGCAAGGCGGUUGCGGGUGCGGAGCUCGAUGAGGAGAGCGUGUACCGCGAGAAGGAGGGCAAGGAGCUCGAAGCACUCAUCUACCCGGACGUGAAGGCGGACGUCGGCGCGAGCAUGACGGGGCAGUACGAGCUCGUUGCGAUCGUCACGCAUAAAGGCGCCGAGGCGGACGCGGGGCACUACAUUGGCUUCGUGAAGAAGAGCGCGCUGCACAUUCCUGGCGCACCACCAGUGGAUGAGGAUGACGACGACUGGUACAAGUUUGACGACGAGAAGGUGUCGAUCUUCCCUGCGGAAAAGCUCGAGACGCUUUCCGGUGGCGGGCAGGACGCGUCGGCGUACGUGCUGUUAUACAAGAGCCGGCCGUUGAUUUAG